AACUAUGUUGUUUCUAUAUCUUUCAGUUUAGGUAAAGAACUGUCAACAUUUGCCUUAGAGGAGUUUAACACGGAUGUACUAAUUAGACAUAUCGAAAUGGCUCCAAUCCCAGAUACAACGAGUUUUAUUCAGAAAAUGGAAAUGGAAAGAGAAGCUCGAGAGCGCGGAGAAAUACGAGAUAACCGGGGAUUCUUUGCUAAAUAUUGGAUGUAUAUUGUUCCUGUUGUUUUGCUGUUAUUCAUAUCUGGAGCAACUAACCAGGAUGCCUCAAAAUAAAUGUUUACUAUUAUUUUUAAAAAGAUCUAAAUAAAUAAAAUAGUUUUUUUGCCUAAUAACAAUUAUA